AUGUCACUCUCUAUUGAGGAGAAGCUUCCCACUGAGCUUCUCGAACACAUUGUCUCGUUAUCCCCACGCGAAUCUCUCCUCAGCCAAUGCCGUACUUCCAGAACACUCAAUCGGCUUGCGACGCCAUGGUUGUACUCAGAGAUUUACCUGAAAGAGACCGACAACCUUGCCGCUCUUGCAUACUUGGUUUUCACUUCCCCCGCCCAUGCCAGUCUUGUCAAAUCCUUCAUCGUGCCUCGUACCUGGGCAGAUGUUGAAGAGAGAUAUUCCAACGGAUCCUGGCCAAGAUCUGAUGAUCCUGGAGUCCACGAAAUCUUGAGGCAGAAGUGCGCGGAGUACACUUCCACCGUCGAAGAGGCUGAAGAUGUGUAUGGGAAGAUCCAGUCGGCCAAGAAUGAGGAUGCUAUUAUGGCGCUAUUACUCGUAGGCCUCCCAAAACUUCGACGUUUGAACAUCAAUUGCGACCUGUAUGGUCAUGAUGAUUUCGUCUCGUUGCUGCCCAGGGUCAUCCGUGGGAACCCGCACGCAAUGUCAGAGCCUAUCGAUAUCCUGGUUGCUGGAGCAGACGACAAGUAUUCUAGCGACACCAGUCACGUCGCAGCUUUCUUCCAUCUACCUAAUGUGCGCUCUAUAAACGGAUGGAAGCACGGCGACAGCGAAGUCCACGAUGAGAAUGCCCUGUUCUCGAAACUGGAGCCACGAUCGUGCCCAGUAGAGUAUCUGGAAUUGCGAUGCGCAAAGCUUGACGUGGAGAAUUUCCAAGGCAUGUUGAACGCGACAAUACCCGGAAGACUCAAGACAUUCAACUACGAACUUGGAGGCCCGUGGGCGUGGUGCGACACAGAGCAUCCGGCGAUGAUGCGAAGCCUGGAGCCACAUCACGAGACGCUGGAAACACUGGGGCUAAGCCACGAAGACUUCUAUCCUUACCUUGACGACGAAAGUGCCGAGCGUGGGAAGGCUUACCCGUGUUCAUUCUCUUCUUUUACGGCUCUGAAGCGCCUCAAAGUCGCCCCGGUGUACAUAUGGGGCCACCGCAAGACUACUGACGAGGAGAUGUUCAAGACCGCCGACACGAGAGAUAGACUCUGGUCCACGCUGCCCAAGAGCCUCCAAGAACUCUGGAUAACACGAGCCCAGAACCAGCAUAUAGACCAUAAGAAGGUUGUCGACUUCGUCCCAAAGUGCUUACUCCCGGCACUCGAUCUAGUGGUGCAGAACAAGCGGACAUCUUUCCCCCAGCUCAGGCACCUGCGUGUCGAACUUUCGCUCCUGGACUGGAAGGACGAUUGGUUGGAUAGCCUGGCAUCGAUCAGCCGAGCUGCUGCCGCCGAGGGGAUCCAGAUAUCCAUCAUCUUAUACAACAUGUUCAGCAGAUACGGGCCUAUAAGCGCGGAGCGAGAUUGGGGCUGGAACGAAGACAUCAAGUGGGAGCCAUCGCGCUACAGCGACAAUAAAGAAUGCCCAAAAAUAUGGAUUGAGGUAACCUCGGAGCGGCAGGAACAUCUAGCCUCCAUACUCAAAGACAUGAAGACCCGGUUUCAAGAAGAGAAUGAGCGAUACACAGAAGCGAGAGCUAGAAUUAAUGAGCUGGGCGCGCUGUGCACGGAUUGUCAACUCAGUGGAGAGUACGAUUCCAGCAAAGGCAUCGGUCUACCUGAACGCUUCGUGGACGAGAGGUUGGGACAGGAACCGUAUUGGAGAGGAAGAGGCGGUAAACCUGAGGUGGUGACAUGA